GCUCGGACGGAGCAGAGCAGAGCAGAGCGGAGCGGAGCGGAACCAGCCCAGCGAGCGAGCGAGCGAGCGAGCGGGAGAGCGGAGCCAGCCCAGAGCCAGCCCAGCCGAGCGUGGGCAGCGGCGGCGCCCCAGCCCCAGACUUGGGAGCGCUUGCUCGCUCACGACCCGCACGGCAGGGCCGCUGCUCGCCCCCAGCCUCGCGCGACCCCUCGCUAGCUCUCCCGGGCUGCGGAGCCGGGACGCCCGGCCGCCGCCGCCGCCGCUCCCCGGCCGGGAGAUCGGGGCCCCAGCGCCGCCGCUCGUCCCGGCGGGGGACGCGCUGACGGUCCGCGCGGUGGGCUCGUGGCCGCCCGCGGGCAGUCCGCCGCCGCCCGGGCUCCGGGCGUGUCCGGCCGAGCCCCGGCGGCCCCCCGCCCCGCGCGCGCUCCGCGCCUCGGCCCCCGGCCGCGCCGCCUCGUGGGCCCCCUGCCCCCGCGACAAGAUGCUGCUGUCCAAGUUCGGCUCGCUGGCGCACAUCUGCAGCCCCAGCAGCAUGGACCACCUGCCCGUGAAGAUCCUGCAGCCCGCCAAAGCCGAGAAAGAACCUUUCGAGAAGGUCUACCAGGUGGGCUCCGUGCUGGGCAGCGGGGGCUUCGGCACCGUCUACGCCGGGAGCCGCAUCGCCGAUGGGCUGCCGGUCGCCGUGAAGCAUGUGGUUAAGGAGCGAGUCACCGAGUGGGGCACGAUCGCUGGGGUGAUGGUGCCCUUGGAGAUCGUGCUCCUCAAGAAGGUGGGCUCCGGCUUCCGGGGCGUCAUCAAGCUUCUGGACUGGUACGAGCGGCCGGACGGCUUCCUCAUGGUCAUGGAGCGGCCGGAGCUCGUCAAAGACCUGUUCGACUUCAUCACGGAGAAGGGCGCUCUGGACGAGGAGAUGGCCCGGGGCUUCUUCAGCCAGGUCCUGGAGGCCGUGCGCCACUGCUAUGGCUGCGGGGUGGUGCACCGAGACAUCAAGGACGAAAACCUGCUGGUGGACUUGCGGACGGGAGAGCUGAAGCUCAUCGACUUUGGCUCGGGCGCCGUGCUCAAGGACACGGUCUACACGGAUUUUGAUGGCACGAGAGUAUACAGCCCUCCAGAGUGGAUCCGCUACCACCGCUACCACGGCCGCUCUGCCACCGUGUGGUCUCUGGGGGUCCUCCUGUAUGACAUGGUCUGCGGGGACAUCCCCUUUGAGCAGGACGAGGAAAUCCUUCGAGGCCGGCUCUACUUCCGGAGGAGAAUCUCCCCUGAGUGCCAGCAGCUCAUUAAAUGGUGUCUGUCCCUGCGGCCGUCUGACCGGCCUACCCUGGACCAGAUCUUUGACCACCCCUGGAUGCUUCGCUCCGAUGUAGGGAAAUCUGAGGACUGUGACUUACGGCUGCGCACCAUCGACACGGAUGUGUCCAGCACGAGUUCUAGCAAUGAGAGCCUGUGAAAGCCGGCAGAGCCCCCACCCCGCGCUCUGACCCGGGGGCAGAUGACACUGACCGGGCAGGGCUAGGACACCCCUCCUCUUCCUGUAGUCGAGUCCCUGUGUGAGGGGCUCCCUGCCCCCUCUGCUGAUCGCCAGGGUGGGCCAGCACCUCUGAGCCCCAGGCUGGCCGGCGGGCUUGGCCCGUCCGCCCCGCCUCUCCUAUGGGAGCAGCAGGCACGCGCGCGACCUCUAGAAUCCCGCGUUCAACUUCUUGGCUCUCAUAGAGCUGGGACUGUUCCCUUGCUUCUGAGUGCCUUUCUCAUAGCUGCUUUAGUGGGGGGCUGGGGGGGGGCCUGAGCUGUGUCUACCCGAGGAAGAAGCAGUUCGGUCGCGGGCUCGAAGACGCACCCGGUCCUCCCCGGCCCCACCUCCUCACCUCUGGGGACCCGGCCCCCUUGCUGGACAUGUGCUGGUCCUCACCCCCACGACUGAGCCCCGGGAAAGGCGGCAGGUGGUGGGCAUGGGACCACAAGCCCACUCCUCAUUUCUUCACUGCUUCCCUCCCUUUCCGGCAGUCUGCACUGAGGCCAGACGGGGCUAGCCGCUUGGUUUUGGAAAUCAGGAACGUCCACCCCGUCCUUUGGAUCAUCUCACCUCUGGGCACAAAGUCCCUUGCCUGACACCUGUCCCCCAUUCAUUCGUUGGUCUUCUGCCUAAGCCCCGCCUUCUCCACUGCCCCUGCCCCUCUGGCCACCCUCCAGUCUUAAAGCGUGGAUGGGCCUGUUCGAGAGGAUGCACCGAUCAAUGCAACUGGCCAGGCCUGACCCGGCCCCUGACCCCAACCCUGUCCGCGUAUUUAUGUCCGGAGUCCCCCUCGUGUAUGAUAGCGACCCUUUUUUAUUUAUUGUAUGACCAUUGAGGACAGCGGCCCGGCCUUAGUGGCCAGGCCUAUUUAUUGGGCUUAAUUUAUUAUUGAGAGUUGGUUCUGUGCUGAGCUGGUGCCACCCUCACGGCGGCAGCUCAAGCGACCCUGAAUUCUUGCAUUCCUGUCCACUGUAUGUUUUCUUUCUUACUCCCUGUAUUUGUUGAAAGAUGGAGAAUUAUUGUACAAAGUCUAAUUUAAGGGGAAUAGAACGACUUCUACCUGGGGCAGGCGGUGGCCCAGUUAGCCCCACCGCCUGGGGUUUUGUGGCCCUGCUGGGAAGGGGGGAGGGUCUGUCUCCACUGGGGGGGAGGGGAGGGUGGCAGUCAAAUAGCCCCUUUAAUUUAUUUUACUCGCUGUGUUUGUGACCGGGUCACCCCGAGUGUGACUUGGAUUUUGGGGGUUGUUCCUUCACUUGAACAGUGUGAAAUGUAUGGAGAUCAUAUUUUUUUAUACAGGUUAUUUCAAUUAAAUUUUUUUUUUGUAUA